UCGCCUUCAUUAUAAACAUUUUUCUCUCUUUUUUUCUUCAUUUCUCUCAUCUUUUUGUGCUUAUUAUUUUGAAGCAUGAGAAUGAGCUGCAAUGGGUGCAGAGUUCUUAGAAAAGGUUGUAGUGAGAAUUGUAGUUUAAGGCCAUGUCUUCAAUGGAUCAGAUCCCUUGAUUCUCAAGCUAACGCUACUGUUUUUCUUGCUAAAUUUUAUGGCCGUGCUGGUCUCAUUAACCUCAUCAAUGCUGGUCCCGAUAAUCUCCGCCCUGCACUAUUUAGAUCUCUUUUAUAUGAGGCUUGUGGCCGGAUAAUUAACCCCGUAAAUGGUUCAGUUGGGUUGAUGUGUUCUGGGAAUUGGCAGCGUUGUCAAGAAGCUGUUGAAUCAGUUCUCAAUGGCUCAACAAUCAUGCAAGUCCCAGUCAACGAUGAUGAUAAUAGUUCUUCAGAUCAUCAAAUGAUCACACCGUUAAAAAGCUGUGAUAUUCGACACAUUUCCAAGGACACAUCAAGCGGGGUGGUUCACCAGCAAGUCAAAACCAGGAAUGGGCGGUUCAAGCGUAAGGCCACUAAAGUAGAUGCUUCUUCUGCAGAAGAGUACUUGAUGAAUAACGAGCUCCCAUCAAAGUUUAGUAUAACCGGAUGGGAUUGCUUUGAUCAAAUUGAAGAGGAGUUGAAACGCGCACCUAGUCAUGACUCCUUCUCUGUUGAAACGGUUGAACCGUCCUUAAUGCUAGCGAACCGGGUUGAACCGGGUUUGCCUGUGAAAUUGGAGGAGGAUUGUGAUGUAGGAUUAGAGCUCACUCUUGGAUUGAUGAGUCCAGCGUAAUAACAUGUUAAUCAGUUUCCUUUUUAAUGGGUUUUUUUUUUAAUCUCUUAGAGUUUUUGUUUUAUUUUGGGGGCAUAUACGAAUAGAUAGAGGUAAAAGAAGUGUAAUUAUGUAGAGAUGUUGCUUAAUGUAAUGAAUGAAGUUGUCACAACAUCGAGUUUAGUGACAAAGUGAUUAUAGUGGUCUUAACUAAAA